GAGCAACACAGGAUGGCGCAUCAUCAAGGGCAGGAGGUCGGUGUGCAAGAUUUUGUACUGCUCGACUCGGUAACGCAGGAAAAAUUCAUGGAUAACCUCAAGCGAAGGUUUCAGGCCGGCAAAAUCUACACAUACAUCGGUGAAGUUUGCAUUUCGGUGAACCCGUACCGCGAGAUGAACAUCUACGGUCCGGAGUACGUGAACCGGUACAAGGGGCGGGAGCUGUUUGAAAAUGCGCCCCACAUCUUUGCCAUUGCCGAUGCCGCCUAUCGGGUGUUGAAGCAACGCAACAACGAUACCUGCAUCAUGAUUUCGGGAGAAUCGGGUGCUGGCAAAACCGAGGCCUCGAAAAUAAUUAUGAAGUACAUAGCGGCCGUCACGAACCAGGGGAAACAGGGUGAAAUUGAAAGAGUAAAGAACGUACUUAUCAAAAGCAAUGCAAUUUUGGAAUGCUUUGGAAAUGCGAAAACGAAUCGCAACGACAACAGCAGCCGCUUCGGCAAAUACAUGGAUAUCGAGUUCGACUACAAAGGGGAUCCGGUCGGUGGCAUUAUUACCAACUAUUUGCUGGAAAAGUCUCGUGUUAUUCAGCAGCAAACCGGGGAACGGAACUUUCAUUGCUUCUAUCAGCUUUUGCGAGGUGCUUCAAAUAAUGAGCUACAACAAUUUAAUCUAGGCAGGGAUCCAGCAGCAUAUCACUACACCAAUCAAGGAAGUACGGAAAUUCUUUCGGAAAAAUCAGACUACCGUGCGACGACCGGUGGCCUGCAAGCUCUAGGGUUUAGUGCGGAAGAAAUUUCCAUGGUGUGGCGCACGGUUGCAGCAAUUUUGCAUUUGGGAAAUAUUGAAUUUCAAAUGCAGGAUGAGAAAAUAACAAUUACCAACGGCAAAACGCUGGCAAACGUUGCUCAACUGCUGCAGGUGACUGGGGAAGAAAUGCGUACCGCCCUGACGGAGCGGGUGAUUGCAGCGCGUGGAGAAAUUAUGACUAAAAGCCACGACACAAAGCAAGCAGAAUAUGGUCGGGAUGCGUUAGCAAAAGCUAUAUACGAUCGUAUGUUUACCUGGAUCAUACAACGGAUCAACAAAGCCAUCGUUGUCCCGGGAAGCACUACACAGAAGCGCUACAACAAGGUGAUUGGCGUGCUGGACAUUUACGGCUUCGAAAUUUUCGACCGCAACAGUUUCGAACAGUUUUGCAUUAACUAUUGCAAUGAGAAGCUGCAGCAGUUGUUCAUUGAGCUGGUACUUAAACAGGAGCAAGAAGAGUAUAACCGCGAAGGUAUUGAAUGGACCAAUAUUGAGUAUUUUAACAAUCAGAUUAUUUGUGCCUUGGUAGAGCAACCCGACAAGGGUGUCAUUGCGAUCAUGAAUGAAGCGUGCUUGAAUGUGGGUAAAAUAACGGACGAAAUGUUGCUGGGUGAUAUGGACAAGAAAUUGUCCCACCAUCCACAUUACAGCAGCCGUCAGUUGAAACCGAUGGACAAGGAAUUGCGUCAUAAGGAAGACUUCCGUAUAACACACUACGCCGGCGACGUGAUCUAUUCUAUUAGUGGAUUCAUCGAAAAGAACCGCGAUACAUUGUUCCAAGAUUUCAAGCGCCUGUUAUACGGUUCGCACGACCAGCUUAUCAGCUCGAUGUGGCCCGAAGGGGCACAGGACAUUUCGAAAACGACGAAACGUCCGUUAACUGCAGGCACACUGUUCCAGAAGUCGAUGGCCGAGUUGGUGGCGACACUGUUACGCAAGGAACCAUUGUACGUGCGGUGUGUUAAACCGAACGACAUCAAGAGCCCGACCGUGUUCGAUGAUGUGCGCGUCGAGCAUCAGGUCCGCUAUUUGGGACUGUUGGAAAAUGUACGAGUACGCCGUGCCGGCUUUGUCCAUCGCCAACGGUACGACAAGUUUUUGCUACGCUACAAGAUGAUUUCACAGUACACGUGGCCAAACUUCCGGGGCGGUAAUGAUCGGGACGGUGUGAAGGUGCUGAUGAACGAGAAAAACUUUAGCCACGAUGUACGGUUCGGCCGAACGAAGAUCUUUAUCCGUUCGCCGCAAACGCUGUUUGCGCUCGAGCAGCAACGGAAUGACAUGAUACCGCACAUCGUGACGCUGCUGCAGAAGCAGGUACGCGGCUGGAUCGCACGCCAGAAGUACAAGAAGAUGAAGGCCGCCAUCGUCAUUAUACGCCAUUAUCGAAAGUAUAAGCUAAAGAGCUACGUCCAGGAUUUGGCGGUCCGGUUUCGUAAUGCGCGCACGCUGCGCGAUUACGGCAAGGGCAUACAGUGGCCCCAGCCUCCGCUUGUCGGUCGGCAAGCGGAACGGCACCUGCGGAUGCUGUACUCCCGCUGGCGUGCCGCAAUGAUCCUGCGCAAGUAUCCACGCGAAGAGUGGCCGCAGCUAAGGCUACAGAUAAUCGCUGCCAGUGCGUUCCGUAAGCGCAGGAAGUUCUGGGGUCACGAUCGUCGAUGGCUCGGCAACUAUUUGUCGAUUGUGGCCGAAAAUAGCAACUAUUCGUCGUAUAACGCGAGUGUACGGAACAUCAAGAAUGCGGAUCACUUUGAGACGAUCGUAUUUUCGGCGUUUGUGAAAAAGUUUAACAAAUGCAACAAAUCGGCUGACCGGGCGAUCAUUGUGACGGACAGCGCGAUCUACAAGCUGGACGGUGCCAAGAACAAAUUCCGCAACAUGAAACGAACGGUUCCGAUUCGGGAGAUUACAUCGAUAAGUGUCAGUCCUGGGCGUGAUCAACUUGCAGUAUUCCAUUCACAUCAUAAUAAUGACCUGAUUGUGUCGUUGCAAGGAGAGCAUCAGCCCUUGAAAGAGGAUCGUAUCGGAGAGUUGGUAGCACAUGUCGUUAGGCGAUACUACGCUAUCUCCCAACAAGAGCUACCAGUGAAUGUGGCAUCCACGUUUCCUUUACGUCUGGGAAAUAAAUCCCGCUCGUUAAGCAUUGAGGCUGCCGUUGGACAAGAUUUGCCGGAGUUUUCACACACCGGUACAUUCAUCGUCUUCAAGGUUCCACCGGCAUACGCAAGUCCGCUAGAGUCGACGGAAACAAUGGCAUCGAACAACACGUUACCACAACGAUACUAG